GUGAUGAAGGGGACUACUCCACACGUGAUCCAAGCUCCAAGCGCGCUGGGCCCACUGACGCCCUUCCCAAGUUCGAACUUUACAUUCUUUUGCAUCAUUUCAUCUUCCCGACAUAUAUUACGACCACCUUCGGAGGGGGAAAAAACCGUAAGAAGAAAAAAAAAGAACAGAAUUCCAACAACCGACAUCAUCUUAAUCCGGGAGUAUGGCUGCGGUAGGACCAAGUCCAUUGCAGGCACAUGUAGCUGCGCCGAAUGUCACCAAGGAUGACUUGAUGGCGUUCUUUGAUACGCACUUCUCGGACGCGGCGAUUCAGGCCUUCAAGUCCGAUUUCUUCAAUCCGAACCAGCAAUUUAGCGCUGCCAAUGCGGGCCCUUCGUUCGAAGAAGAUAUCGACAUAUUGGAGGAGGAGGAGGAGGAGGAAGACGAUCUUGGCUACUACCCCGAUGGCGUCAAGCGCACGCUCACUGACGAGCAAAUCGCCAUGUUCCGACACUCCGAGCUCGAAGCUCUGAAGCGAGAGCAGGGGCGGGUAGCUGAACGUCGCUCAACGGUGCCACAGCCAGGCCAAGCUGGUGAGACUGGUGAUGAUGGUAGCCUCAAGACUGCCGAAUCAUCUCAUCAGCAAGGCAGGGCAACCAAGAACAAAAAGAAAAGAAAAGGAGGGAAGGCCAAAAACCAAGAGCCCAAGCCCGACCUCCGCAAACGGACCUGGGAUGUCGUCGAAGCAGGACUCGACACCCUCGACUACGAUUGACUCUGUCGAACCAACACACAAAAAUUUGCUUUCAACGCCCGGGCUGCCUCUGGGAAGGAAACAUGGGCCGUAAAAACGCCUCUGUACCUAUCUAUGCAUGCCAGAUGCUGUUGCCGGGAAGAACUGUAGGGCAGACAUCUGUCUGCAGACCUCCUGUGCACGCAUCAUCGUUCUCACUGUCGGCAGAAACGCUGGGCCGGACACACGCUCUUAGAUCUGCCGGCGACCUGAACACCCGAUGUCGAGAGCAGCUGACUCCAUCGGUUCAAGGGCUUGAUAUGCGCACACAAAACAGGUUCGACAACCUACCAACAACACUUCGGAAUGAUACAGAAUGAUAUAUUGAGAAGGCAUAAAUUGCCUACGGUCAUCGACGGUAGUGUCUGCAGGAUCCAGGAGGGGUUAUUUUGGUUUAGGAGAGGCCGCACUGGCAAGAGCAUAAAGUGCCUGCCCCGAUGGAUCACAGCAUCAUGGCUGGGAGGAUGGUGUUAGCCGCUGAUGGGAGCAGAGCAAAGAAAAUACGGCAUUGAAUGGAGCCAACGAAGGUUACGUACGAUACGCUUGGUCUCCAUAUACAAGUUGGUUAGGUGAGACUUGACAUCUGCUAUCGGAUUAGUCAACGGGUUAGUGUAUGGGGCAGAUUGAUUCAGAUUGCUGUCGCAAGUCUGCACCAGGAAACGACUCGGUUGAGAUGCACAUUUGAUUCUGCUUGAUAGUGCCUCUGCAUGUCUGAACCUACCUUCUGCAUGCCUUUCCCACGGGGACUAGAUUGAAU